ACGACAACACGACUGCCGGUGACGGGGUCACUUUGAUAAUAUCCAGUUAUCCAUCAAUCAUCAGUCAUCCUGCUGCGGAACGACUACAAUUCCGACGUCAAUCUAGAACGGUUUCCACGCACACUUUUCCUUGCGCCUAUUCGACUACGUACCCAGCGUCCGAUAUGUCUAUAGACGAAUUCUUGGAUGGCUUACCAUCCUAUAACGAACGCAAUUUUUCCAGAUUCAUUUCAAAAAGUUCUGAAAAGUUCCCAGCUUUUAUAACAACAGAAGAACCUUACAUACCUGACGAACAAAUUAUUGUUAAUGUCUGUACAUUUUAUGUACCACUUCCGUUUUCAAAUAUACAAAGGGAUAGAAAGAGAAGAGCUGGACUGAACCAACUGGCCAACAUAGAAAACGUCUUAGAGUAGAUAAUACAGAUCUGUACCCAGCAGUUUUUACAGGGGAGGGCGGUCCAAGUUUUUCUGAUUUAUAAAAACUAUACUGACUGUUUUUAAUAGAAAUACAAUUUACUAAUUUAAGAAUGUAUUUAUAGUUUAUAGAACAAUGGUUUUCAAACUUUUAUUAAACACGGCACACUGCGCAUUUCAAAUUUAUUCACAGCACAUCGACUUUUUUAUUUGCACUAAAUAAUCUGAUGAACAAAAUUGUUUUGAAUUAUAAUUGUAUACAUUUAAUUGGAAAUAUGUGCUUGAUGGGCUAACACAUUAUUAUUAAUUUUAUUUUUAUAAUUUUAUUCUUGGACUAGUAAUAAUAUUAUAUAAUAUUUUAUACUAAAAAUAUUGUUGUAGGCUCUUAACAAUAAUAUACUUAAUUAACAGUUUUACAUUACAAUCCUACACUAU